CUAAUGUCGUGACCAUCUCUGGAAUAGGAAGAAAAACGCAGUUGUAGCAAUCGAUCGUCGGUCUUGUACUAAUAUCAAAGAGGUGCUGUCGGAUCGGUCGAGACUUGGCGUCGUCGAGAUUCUUGUGCUAGAUGAGAAACUAAAAUCAAGAGAAGAAGAAACAAUAUUUUCAAGGCUUUUCUGCACCCGCCUAAAAAUCGAACCCUACGUACAUGAUCGAAUGAUUUGAGAACGAAAACGGAUGAGUUUCAGCACAACUCUACUAGAUCUGUCCGAAAUGUAAUUAGUUAGAUCCCUUCAAAACUAAUUGAUCGCACGAUUCCAACUCCCUACUUUCUCCCUAAAUGAAAUACUAACUAACAAAAAAAAGGGAAAUCACGUUGAAGAACAAGCAAAAAUUAUAGAGGAAAGAAAAUGCAUGGUAUCUCCGGCAGUUCGAGUGGCGGUACGCCACUCACAAUGUCGCACCCGGGAUUUGAAAUUCCUACUGCAAGGUCAUCAGCGGCCACUAGUGGCUCCGGACAAUUCGGCACAAGUCGACUAGCAAGACGGUUAUGGCACUUCUUGUUUCACAGAAAAAUACGCAUACUUACAAAAAUCGCCUAUUCUUGUUGAUUUACAGCCUAUUUCACGCAAAUAACUGUAACAGAUAGGCAUUGGACAGUCAGGACGAUUGAUAUGGCCACGAAACAGAGGAACGUCAUGUUCUUGAACUAAAUUCUUCUACAAUUCUGCCACGGUUAUUUACGAAUUCAAGUUUUCUCCCCUCUAAUCUGAUACGAACGUGGGCGUGACGCGAAGAUGAGCAUCGACGAGAUGCGAACAGUCACCGUAGAGGGCCUUUUACAAAUCGCUAAAGAUAAGUGGAAAAGCAGGAGUCUCCAGAGAAGUCUGAUGGAAAGUGAUGAAGAGAUGACGACGUAAUCUAAUUUUUUUUUGUCAGAGAUCUGAUCUUCAACAUUGAUGGAAAAUGAUGACGAGAUGACGACAACGUACUAAAAAUUGCUGACUACCACCAAAAAAAUGCGUGAUUCUCGUCUUUGUUUUUCCUGACGUGACUCCUGACUCCACUACUGCAUUCGUUUUACAAGUACACCGCAUACAGUAACAACUACUACUAGUACCAGAACCGCAGCCAUACACAACAAUAACUACUACAAGAACCGCAUACACAACAACUACUACUAGUACAAGAAUCAAGAAGCGAAGCCAUACACAACAACAACUAUUACAAGAACCGCAUACACAACAACUCCUACUAGUACAAGAAGUACAUCCUCCUUUCCAGGUUGAUCUACGAGAAGGCUGAGCCAGCGUUUAUCCAGCUCCUAUCGGAUCAAUACGGCAACUAUUUGUCGCAAAAGAUCCUAGAACAUUGUUCCGAUGAACACUUCGAUACAUUGUUUUCGAAGGUACAUUUUUCCAUUGAUUUUUUGAAGAUGAACUCUUGAAGUAGAUGUUGUGAGUCUGAGUGUCACCAGAAGCAGGAGCUGUUGUAGUCGUAUAUCACAGGCUAGCGCAGGGAUGACGACAUCCCUGCGCUGCUGUUAAGUUUAUUAAGUCACUCCGGGCUGUCUCGUGUAAGUAUAAGGUCUAGACGUAGAAAACGAGACCGCCAGGCUCUGACAUACUGGCAAAGUGCAUAACUUUAAGGAAAAAGGGGAAGAAGAGGGAGGAGGGAAAUACUGCAGAGACCAGAAGGGAUAAACUUACCCGCUACUUUCUGGAAGCGGCCAACGAUUGGCAGCAAGAACGUGGGUCCGAACUGAAGGGAGCGAUACUUACAGAAGUGCGCUGCUUUGGCGACAAGCGUCGCGCGUGAAAGUAUCGCCAGAGGGCUGCACGCGUCAGAGCCGGGAGCCUUCGCACGAAUCAACUGAAAAGAACCCAGGCGGCGCGACCUGACUGCACGCGACGCGCGUGAGAGAUAUGCGCCGCGUCUUCAGUCAGUCACACAGUAGCCACGCAAUAGCCGAAGCCCCAUCAGUAUACUGCUGAAAAAGUUGAAAACUGCUACUCAGCAGAAGAAAGGCCACUACGUUCAGAACCUGACGGGUCUGGUGCUGCUGCAGACAGUUGCUGCGUGCGACAUUAUUGAAGGAGUUGCAAACUCUUGCGCGCAAGAUAAUUCGCACCAGAUUGAGACAACGCACCCGCUCGAAAAUUUUGACCAGUAUACGCGAGAGGCUUGGCCUAGCUCUUGCCACUGUGUUGCUUGUCCAAUGCAGUGAAAACCUCGAAGAGCCUGCGGGCAGCAAGAAUUGGAACAAUCUUGGAGGCUGAGCGAAUCAGAGAAACAAAAACAGCGACCACCCCACGAUCGAGAGAGAACUUGCUAGAGCGCCUCACACAGAGGGAACACCUAAAGGAGAGGACUUGCCUAGCGAAUUAAUAGAGAGCAAACUUGUAGCACGUACGGACUGCCUGGAUUCGAUAAGCCAGCACUUUGGCCGGCUUGCGCCAAACGAAUUGAGAAUAUAGCGGGUUGCGCUGUUUCAGAUAUUGGCGAAACCGUCGCGGGGAAGCUUGUCCAUGCUUCUCCACGAUACAAAAACCGCGCAACAGGGUAGCCUGAAGGGGGGCCAAAGUGCUGCACUGCUGCAAGGCUUCUGCCCUCUACCGUAAGACAAGCGCUGCGCUUAUCGCUUUAAGCUCGUGGCCGUGGCAUAUUGAAUCCCGCAGCGGCUAAAGCAGUAGCAUAGUCCAAAGCGAGCGACGGACUUGGUUCUGGUUGGUUCCGCUGGUUUUAGGAUUGCUAUCAGCGAGGCGAGUGCUUAAGAAGCACGACUUCGCUGGCUCGCGAGUUAGAAGUAGAUCGAUGCGGUGAGAGUCUUACACGCUAAGUAACACUGACGAAGCAGCAAAAACCUUGGCGCGAUGUGGUUGAUGGUAGCACAGUAGUGCCCACUUUCCAAAGUGUUCCCGUGCUUCAUGCUCCUGCGUGGAUAGUGCUCGCGCCCGUGAAGAUCAUCCCAGCAGCAUUGCUGGGCUGGUGUUCUGUUUUCUUUGGUAAGUAUCCAAUUCCAAAAAAAAACUUGCCGCAAGUGUCUCCGUCGUCGUUCCCGUUCAGCUGGCGCCGGCGCAUGUGCGGCAUCUUUUGCCCCGGAAAAAGCACGCUGAUGGCAUGACUUGCAGCAAAGACGUGACAAGAAAGCAGAAGAAAGCGCGGAGCAUUUAAAUUCGAUGCAUAGAGAGCAAAAGAGAGACCAAGCCCGACCUCGAUGGCAUAACAAUGAAGCGCGCAACUCUAGCGCACUCUGUGGCCUUAGUGUUUUGCUUUUUUGUCCGGUUUAGCUCCUCUCAUGUCGCGCGCAGUGCAUCAGCUGAACUGUCGACGCCGAUGGCGUCGCUUGCAAAAAAUGCAAGAGAACACGCGCGCAGUGCUAGACGCGUUAGCCAGAUAAUGCAAAUGCCGCGCGCUGAUGUGAGAAGGCUUCUCCUUUGAUUGUGCGGCGGGCCCUAUUAAUUUGGCGCCGUGUCUGUCAUUUGGAUGCUUCUGCCAGAAGCGUAUGGCAUGCGUGUGGCAUGCUGUGGACUGGUUAAGCCGAUGUAGAUGUAGUGGCUUUGUUGUGGCGUUCGUGUUGGUCUUGAUUCUUAACCGUGUGCGAAGUUCGUCACAACUGUGGCGCCAUAGUUGAUUCUGGGUCCGUCUGGGGGCUCUCCAUGCAAUUCAUAAAGGACAACGCUCGCAGUGAUUUACUGGCGCUUUUUCUAAUAUAUCACUGGGCGAGGCACUCGCUUACUGUUCCUGUACGUAUUACCUGCGUGCUUUUUCUAUAUUGCUCGGAGGCCUCUACUUGGAUGGAUGGAAAAUGAAAGCCAUCAACCCAGCGGCCGCUCUUUGAUUCUCGAACUUGAUAGGUUUGCUCUGAUUUUACUGAAGUGAUGCCUUGCGUUCUAAAGUCAGAAGCCGAUGGGCGUGCGCCUGUCGUUGGCUUUCGAAAGCGAUACGAGCCACAGUGGGGAAGUUAUGUAGCAAGCUACUCCGCUUCCAUGGCCAUCAUUUUUUUGACAGCCUUCCCCGGUGUUUUGGCAGAUUUCUUCGGUACUUUGGCAGCCUUUGUCGCUGCUUGUUUCGGUUGCUUUGUGUUUUUUUCAUUGGGUUGCCCACUUUCGCCAUUUUCUUCAUAGGGGGAGGCUUUUCCCCAACGCCUUGGGCCUUCAUGGCUUUGCUCGUGCUAGCGCUUUUCAUCGUCGUGGUAGGUAGCCUUGGGCGAUUCGCUGAUCGCGAAGCUGGUUCGUUCUUGUUCUUUGCUUGAGUGCUUCCGCGUCGAUGUUGGUAUCGGACGAAAAACCUGCUGGGAAUGGAAGAGCGGCGGGGUAUGAAUGUCUGUGACGAAUUCACUUCAAGCUUUUCGGUUAAGUAUGGGGCAGCUUCUCACGCAAAAAGUUCGACAAUUACCGGCAGCAGCCGCAUGAGCUCGCUGGGAGCUCUGACGAAGAAAGCGCAGAGGGAUCGGAAGUAGGCAAAUCCGUGGGGUGCUGCGUAGGGGCUUGGGGUGGUUGGUACGCAGCAGCGCCCAGCUUUUCACUUUCAUACUUCUCCAAAAAACCGCGGCGGAGCACGUCCGGCACCGUGAGCAAAUCAGUAUGGACUUGCGAUUUAUUUUCGCCCAUACUGCGCACGAGUUUCAGCGCAGAGGCAUCGCCACCCUUGUGGGUGGUGGCUGACGUCGCGCACUCCUUGGCGGGUACUGCGGCUACCAACUGCGUCAGCAGAUCAUAGACCUGAAAGGGGGAGAGCCUUAGAGGGGUGGGCCAUGGAAACUGGAAGCCUUUCGACCGAGAGAGAAACACGACGCAGAGACGCAGAGCGGAGCCGAAAACUAACGAAAGCGCCGACUUUAGUUUUUUUGAUAAGAUAGCAGAAAUUUUUUUUCUGUUUCCUAUGAAAAAAAAAGGCAGAGCGCAACGCCGUAAGCGGGAGCAUGUGCAUGCUAGACCAUCAGCAGAGUAACCAAACGCCUUGCGUCACUCUACGCCUUAGAUGUAACGCCUAAAAAAGCAGAAAGCAGACCAGUCGUCGACGAAGUGCCGACGGAUCGAAAACAAAGAGAAAGUUAACAAAAAGACGGUAAUCAAAUGUAUCGACUCGCUUCUUCGUCUACGUUCUUUGCCUGGCUUCUUUGUCUCUCUCAUCGUCUCAAGCAUAAAAAAACCAUCGUCGUGCGGCCGUCUUUCGUCUGUCUUCAUGCUCAAAAAAAAGCCAGACUCUCGGGCAAGGAAUGCAGAAUUUCGCGAAACUCACAAUUCGAUAUAGCUUAUACGAGAUACUAUUGAUUUGAGUCGUUGACGUUCAGAAUAUAAUGAAUAAAGACAUGCUACUUCGACUUCCAGUUACCAUCUACCUGGUGUUGCUGUAAAUGUAAUGAUACACAACGUAACAGUAACUCCAACGUCAAGGGAAUCAUCAUUCAUCGGCUGCCUAACUGCUACAACGAAACUAUAUACCUAAAGCUAAGUUAACUAACUAACUAACUAACUAACUAACUAACUAACUAAGUAACCCCUCUAUCUGCUACAGGUAGAAGACCAACUGGCGACUUUAGCGAAUGAGGUUCAUGGGACAAGAGCUGUACAGAAGUUUGUCGAAGAGGGGAUCCGGAGAGGGCGAACACAGAAGAUCAUCGAUGCUCUGCUGGACAGUGUGGAGUCGCUUUCGCGGAGUGUCACUGGAUUUCACGUAGUUGUGAAGUUGCUGGAGAAAUUGGAGUCGGUACUAUUGGAAGAAUGUUGCUUGUAGCAGCUACUAUUGGAAGAGUGUUGCAGCUUGUAGGGUUGUCUUUUGAGCUAGAAGGCGUCGCAACACAACAACUUGUUCAAGUUGUUUGAUCAAUACACAAGUAUUUAACAGAACUUCUAGGUUGUAUGACAAUGACUAUGAUCACCGCCACCUCUGCUUCGUCACUUCAUUCCACCAUCCAAGAAUUCGGAUCUUCUCCUCACAGCCUUAUUCCGAAGAUGUCUUGAAAAAGCUCUGCUAUGACCGAGAAAGCGUAGUCACGAUGAGCAAGGAUCAGUGGGGAUGCUGCGUGUUGAAAACGUGCAUCGACAAGGCAGGCGAUGCAGCACAACAGAGGUUUAUUUUAUGGUUGGUACAAGCUCAAGCACAUGAUGGUCUUCAAGAUCUUCAACGUUCAUGUUUGAGAAUUGGGAUAAGGCUCUUCAGUUUUUUACUUAUACUGGUGUUAUGGUUGCACGAUCGUCAUCAAUAUGAAGACUAUAUUCACGCACCAUCUUAUUUAUUUUAAAUUCACUUGCUAUAAAUGUCAGCACUUCCAGCACUUCUCAUUGUGGUCAUCUCUAACUCCCACCGAGACCAUAGUUGGUUCUACCCUAGAACUGGUCCAGGACCCAUACGGCAAUUAUGUGGUCCAACACCUUUUGGCUACGACAAAACCGAGUGAGGAUGACUUUGUUUUACCGCAGAUGAUCGAGAGGCUGAAGGACCACGUGCUGGAUCUCUGCCAGCAAAAAUUUUCCUCCAAUGUCUUAGAAAAAGUCUUGACCACAGCACCGGAUUCACAGAAGGCUGUGCUGAUUCAGGUACUUAUUUUGAAUUAUUGGGUAAAUUAUAUCCACUUGCUUUUUUUAGAUUUUGUACCAAUUUUGUAGAACAACAAGAACGCCAUUUACUUUCACAUGAUCGAUGUAUCACUACGACAACAUUGAAGAUAUCUUUCUACGUACUGCUCGUCCUAGUAUAUGAUCUUCCUCUUCGUCUUCUUCGGUACUUCUCUCCGGUGUCAUCUUCUGAAACAAAAAUCUGCCACGACGACACCCUCUUCCUCCUUCGCGACAUCAGGGCGUCCUCACAGCGGGUAAGAUGGAGAUUCAUAACGUCGUCCAGCAUCUCCUUUUCCAUCAGUACGGAAACUACGUUUUGCAACAAACGUUGUCAGUCGCCAAAGAGCCGCAUCAUACAACGCUGAUCGAUGCCAUCCGACCACAUGUGCACUCAAGUACCUCUUUUUCUGUUUUCUUCACAUAGAAGUACUAAUGAAUGAAGAAUGAAAACGAAGUCGUACAACUACACUCUAAGUCCCAACAUGUCCACCUGAUCUUGUCCUUCUUCGUCACGACGAGAGCUACCAUGUUGAUAUACUUGUACCUUCUUGUUCAACAAACGACUUCUACAACAUACCAGUUCUCCGCCACAUGCUUGAGGGUGAUGCAGUUGCAAAUGUGCCUAUUCCACGAAGGGGUUCGAAUUCUCUACAACCGGAGCAGGCGCAGCGGCUUGCGGUUAAGUUGGCCAAGCGCUUCCCACGUUUACUAGAAGGCAUGCAGGAACACGAGAAGCACAUGCUGAACACGCCAUUACCAUUUUAAGGCUUGAUGUCACGACAAGAAUCGGAUCAUAAUUGAAUGAUAAUGUGGUCUACAGAUGAGUUUGUUAGUUUCUCUCUUUUGGCGCAGAUUGAUUCCCUAAACUACACACAGGCGGAAAAAAUUCUGAGAACAGGUAGAAUACUACGGGUAGGAAGUUGUACUAGUAGAGUAUGAACCAACGACGUUAGUUGUACUAGUAGAAAAUAUACCAACGUCAAUUAUCGUCGUGAGCUCUAUCUCGAAGUAUUCCCGAGACCAGAUAUGGCCUCUCUUGCAGGUGGCGGAGCAGCUGGUGCGGGAUCGGCCCUGAAUGGCUUCCAGAGCGGUGGGGGCUAUGCGGAUUACGCAGCAUUGCUCCAAAUGCAGCAGACGGCGCUAGCGUACAAUGCCUAUCCAGGUUUGCUGUAUGGAGAUCUGGCGACAGCAGCCGCACUGCAGAGCGCAGGAGCUGGACUUGGUACUUCCUAGAAUUGUUGUGUUGUUCAGGAUUCUCAUCAUGAUCAUGAAUCUGAAUGUGCAUUUAUUGAUCAGGUGAAAGAGACGAAUAUUAAUUCUUUUCAUCUCCUGCAAAAUAAGAUUUUUGACUAUCAUCUAAGGAUCAAAAGCUUACUUUCUACAGGUUGUAGCUGAAAGGCAAGAGAGGCCUCUAUAACGUUUGAAUGACGAAUAAAGAGGUUCCAUGACAUGACAUACGGGUAGAAACGUGACACUACUGCUCCCUCAUUUCCUUGGUCUUCAUCUUUCUACCCACAUCAUCCAGGCAUGUCCCAAGGUACAGCAGGUCAGCAUAUGAGACCCCAUCAGGGUGGCAGUUUCAGAAAGGGUAUGGGGAAAGGCCAGACCGAUUUUCUCCACAAUCUUGCAAAGCAGCCAGGCGCUUUCCAGCCGUUGCAAGGAAGCCCUUUAGCUCCGGCGGGGAAUGUACUACUUGUUCUCCUCGAGAAUACCAGCUUGUUGAAACAACAACAUGACACGUCUUCACGUCUACUUUUUGAUAUUUUAUUGUUUUAGAUCUUCAAGGUAGGUUCCUGUAAUUGUAGUUGUACUAUGUUGUAUAAACAUUUCUAGGUUCUUGUAGAAGUGAUGCAUCUUCAGAUGAUUGAAAUAUUCGAACAAGUAGAAAAAAGUGACUGUGAGAAAAAUCGUUCACCACUACACAGCAACUAAACAAUAUCAUGACUGGUAUGAUGCAACCUUCCAUGAUUGGAUCCGCCGCAACAAGUCCCUACCAGCAGUAUGGAAACCAAUACGGCUAUGGCUCGAAUCUGAACGCAGCCGCGAACAGCAUGUAUGCAGCAGCCGCUAAUCAACAACAUCACACUACUGUUAAGGGAAAGGGUUACCGAUACCGAAUUACUACAUCCCGCAGCUCCUCGUCCCGCACUAGAAGUAGCACCAUUCUUGACUCGUCUUUUCCUACUACUAGAUAUAAUGAAGCCAGGGAUGCCCUGAGGAAUGUUGUAAUUCUGCAGACGGACUCUAAUAAUGCAUACGGAAAUCAAUAUCACAGUGGAGCUGGUGGCUACAAUAACCAGCAUCAGCAACAUGGUGCCUCUAGUGGUUAUCAACAUCAACAUGGUGGCAACAAUGCUUACAACAGUGGAACGACUGGAGGUCAUCAAUCAGCCGGCACGCCUACUCAGCAACACCAUCCGGGCAUGGGGGGCAACAGUUACAACAACCAGUCUGGCAAUCACGGUUACCAUCAACAUCAUCAGAACACACACACAGGGAAUGCUGCUUCAGUUAAGACUUAGAUAUUCUAGUGCAGUUCUGUUCAUCUUGGAUCAAUCAAAGCAUGUUUGACUUUGGCCCCUUUGGUUGUCUUUCUGAAGGAGGAAGUAACUGGUCAAACAAGAUGAUUUGAUCUGAAAGAUGAAUUUCAUCUUUGGGUCGUAAGGGCUAAUAUGGGCAACCAACAUCUCUCGGGUAUGACCUCCACGGGAGGUCACCACCAGCAACAACAGCACCACAGUGGGCAGUACAAUCAACAAUCUACUGCUCCACCGGGCAUGGGACACAGUAACGUAACUGGGCAGUCGUCUCAUGGAGCACAAAACAACACGAAUCAGUACCACGGCUACCAGUCUGGCCAAAGCUACCAAUCUGGUGCAGGACAUUAUGGCAGAGUGAUAAAUUAAGAAACUCAACAUCGUGAAUUGCAUUGGCUGCAAUUUUCAUUUUUUUAAUUGUGACCUGGACCUGAGUCCCCAGGAACACUUCUAAUUCUACCAACAGCACAUGAACAGUAACGAAGGUAUGGAAGGACAGAAGAUGAUGCAGUUUUGGCCAAACUAUGGGCAAAUGGCUGGCGCAGAGUCCGCUGGGGCAGGUGCAUCGCCAUACUAGUCAGAAUCAUGAUGUGCAGGAGAAGAUGAAAGAGUUGUAUUUCUUGGGAAGACAUAGAAGAACUUACCUUUUUGGUGCUGUGGAUGAUCAUGUUGCUUUGGACAUCAAGCAUGGGGACUCCUUGGCAGAAGGAAGUAGAAAGUGGCAUCCUUCAAGUUGUGUUUCGAACUGAACGUUGGUGAAUCUAAUGGUUUAGAUUAUCAUGCCUUUGUACUUCUCUCACCCUAGCAAGCAUUACAAUUUGUAAAGGUUUCGAUCGUCUUUAAACAGAUGCCGGUAUUAUCAGAAAAUCCAACGACAAUCGUAUUAUUCUUUACUCAAAUACAAAGGAUGUGGAUGUCCGUGAACACUAAAACUGAUCGAUGUUGAUGUUUAUUCGAUAUGAUCCUGAGAUUAUCGAGGUUGGUUGUAAACUUAAUGAUGAUCAUCAUGCUGACGUUCGAUAAUGUUGAGUUGUUGAAUAUGGCUAUGGGGGCGUUUCAAACUCUUCUUCAAACUCUUCAUACCUUGUACACGACUUACACUUAAUAAUGAUAUCGUUUCGAUCUAAUGAAGAUACUAGAUUGGAGAACGAGAAGUUUAUUUUGAUUGGGGGAAAAAUAAUGUAUUUGAAGAUGAUGAUCUACCCUAAGAACUACUAUCAGGAGAUGAACUUUUGUCUACAAUAAACGUGAUGAUCUAUAGUAUUAGUACUUCUUUCUUUCUAUACAAAAACUGAACUUUUUUCCUACUUGUUGGCAAUUUUGAUACUUCAUCUCAGGUUGUAAUUCCGUAUUAUUGUUGAAGUAUAAUGUUGAGGUACUAUCGUUGUUGUAUUUCUAGUUUCUUCUGUGCAAAGAUGAAGCAAGAUGUUGAUUCUCUCAGUUGGUUAUAUCGUGAUGAAUGUAGAAGACGUAGAAAAUUCUGUAGUUGACCAAUAAAAAUGUUAUGUACACGAAAAUCGCUUACUCACAAGUGUGCAUUUCAGGGCCCAUUCAAGCCUGACGAGAAAAGCCACUUGCAAGCAUGAUAUCAAACUUUGAUUGAAUAUAAAAAUUACUUACUUAGACUUUCUUACGGUAUUAUAAGUAUAAUUACAGGCACUGGCACAAGUAUGACCACUAGACAGACUCAGACACUUACUUUUUUAUGCUAGAAGAAUUCCUAACAAGAAGAUUAGUUCCCAAACAAUUUUUAGAAACAAUCCAUUUCAACUUCAAUCAAGGACGUUGCUGCUCAGUGAUCUAGAUCUUGUAGAUGAAAGUAAAUUACCGAUAGGUAAGUUUUACUGUGAACAGCAACAAUCAAUUUAUAUCUACUUAGAAUGAGUUCGAGUUGUACAGUGAAUUUCAAUAGCAGAACCUUUCGAUUACGAAGAUCGAAAAUUGAAUAAGAAACACAUAGCCACCAUUCAAAAUGCACUCCUUUACAUUACAACAGAUCAACAGAUCAUUGAAUAAAAUCAACAUCGAAGAAAAACUCAGUGGACCCUAACAAUUCUUGCCACGAAAGAUUGCGGGACGUUAUAGCGGAUUAUGUGUGCAGAGGAAAUCUACAGGAAGCAUGUUCUGAACUUGUGAUAAAUUUGAUGAGAA